AUGUGGUUGAACAUCAUUAUUCAUUAUAUAUUAUUGGCCUUCCUUAUUUUGUCGGUAUGCAGUCAUCUCCCGGACUACGCAUCUACACCAUCCAACAAAAUUGAUCAAUUUUGCAGUCUUGCAGAUACUUGUAUACAUGACACCAUACCGAUUUGUGGCAAAAUGGGAGAUGAAAAAAGAACAUUUUUGGACUUAUGUGACAUGCUCGAGUUUGCCUGCGACACUAAUCAGAUUUUUGUGCACGUCGAUGAUAUGGCUGGAUGUCCAGGCAAGGGCAAA